AAUUCCAAACACAAAUCACAAUAUAACACUGAUUCUACGUUGAUCACCUCAUAGCUUCGCUUCUCUCUCUUCGAUGAACGACCCGUUCCAAAUGAUGGGUCACUCUCAGAUCCACCAAAACUACGUCGUUUGGCCGCAACCACCGCCGCUUUACCCGCCAGAAAACCCCGCCGUGCUGGCCCACCCACCACUGUUCAACAACCGCUAUCCGGGUCGAGUCAACUGGACGCGCGAGGAACACCGCCGUAUCGGGUCAGGUCCGGGUCAAAGCUCCGGCAACCCGAGGGAUUCGCAACGCUACGGCCACAAGCGCCGCCGGUUCCACCACUCGAAGCGGAGGCCCCACGGCGGUGGCCGCCAACGUCUCUCUGCGCCGUUCGCGCCGCGCAACACGACGUCGUACUUAAUCCGCGCGAAGAGAUCCGGCGGCAUCACGUCACUGGUGUCACCGUCGGUCCAGCCGACGACGCCGGUUAUGACGCCGACGAGGGAGAAUUUGUGCUGGAUUGAGAAGGACGACGAGUGGGGCAUCGACUUGUACGGCACCAUGAAGGGCCGGAUCCGUCUCCGGCGAGACUCCGAUGAGGAAUCAGAGGUCAUCUCCGGCGGAAGCGACGGCGCAGAGAGCGAUAAGGAACUGAACUAUUUACUGAGCAGGUUCGAGAUGAUUUACCCUGAUGAACUGAACUUGGAGAAUAGGGUUAGUCAAAAAGGAAAGCGCAUUGCUGAAUUGAUAGAUGAGAAUUUCUUGCUGAGCGAGAGGAUUUAUUUCUUGGAAAUGGAAUUGGAUGAGGUGAGAAAGCGUGUUCGGCGAUUGGAGUCGGAGACUGAUGGCGGCUGCAGUGAGCCGGAGAUUGUCGACGAUGGACAUGUUUGCUCCGUCGUCAAAAACUGACUCAAACACCGCCAUCGAACCAUGUCUUCAGACCGAAGACUGAAGACAUAGUUCACGGUGGCUGUGUUCUAACUAUGUGUUCAGUUAGUUCACCGAACUAUGCCUUCAAACCGAAGACUGAAGACAUAGUUUACGAUGGCUGUGUUUUAACUAUGUGUUCAGUUAGUUCACCCUUGCUUGGGUUCCAAGUUUUCUAUCUUUUUGUGAAGGAUUUUUCUGCUAUGUCUGUAAAUGAUUAUGAUUACAUUUAUUUUUCCUAGGUUUAUAGAUAUAGCAGGUUUAGUUUAGUUGCUGAUUUUAAUUUUGAUUCUCUUUGGGAACAUAACUCAUUGAUUUUCAAGUUAGGGCUUGACUCUAAGUUCAGUUAA